AAAUAGACUGAAGGUCACGUGACUUUGCGUAACUUCCUCAUAUGACAGUGACUGAAAAUCUGUCAAAAAUUUUGAUUAUCUCAGAACUGAAAUUGUAUUUAUAAAUCCAUAUACUUGUCUAUGUUAUAAUAGUGGAUUUAAUAUUUUGUGUUAUCAAGUUCAAAAAUUAGCUCUAGCUUUUUGAAAUAAAUAGUAAAAAUUGAAUAAAAUGGCGGGUGUAAAAGCCUUCAAUUUCAAAGUCGUUCUUCUCGGUGAAGGGGCCGUUGGCAAAACAUCUCUGGUCAUCCGAUACAUUGAGGACAAGUUCAAUGAUAAACACGUAUCUACUUUACAGGCUCAUUUUUCAACUAAAAAAGUCAAUAUUGACAAUACAAGAGUCAAUUUAGCAAUUUGGGAUACAGCUGGUCAAGAAAGAUUUCACGCUUUAGGACCGAUAUAUUACAGAGAUAGUAACGGUGCAGUAUUAGUGUACGACAUCACUGAUGAAGACUCCUUCCAAAGAGUUAAAAACUGGGUUAAAGAAUUAAGAAAAACUUUAAAAGAUGAAGUAAGUCUAGCCAUCGUUGGAAACAAAAUGGAUUUAGAAAAAAGUAGGGUUGUGCCAUUGCAAGAUGCUGAAGAUUAUUCUAAAUCUGUUGGAGCCAAACACUAUCAAACUUCCGCAAAAACUAAUAAAGGGAUAGAUGAUAUGUUUCGGGAUUUAUCAAAAAGAAUGGUUGAACAAGCAAAAAAUAAGCCUGCAGCAACGCCAACUUCAAGUAGAACUGUUUUGGCUGGAAGAAGUGAUAUUCUUGUUAGUGAUACCAUUCCAGAAGCUCAACCUAAAACAGGCUGCUGCUCUUAA